AUGCCUGCGACGCACUCUGACCGCCACUCUCGUAAAGAGCCAUACCCUCGAUGGAAUAUCCUCCUCUCUAACGGCCGGUUCCCCGUGUCUCUCGACCUUGCCCGACAGUUGCAAAAAGGAGGGCACAAUGUCUACACGGUUGACCCCAUGCAUUUCCAUGUCUGCAAGUUCUCAAGAGCCGUCAAAUACAGCUGGCAGAGCCCUGCGCCCUCGCUCGAUCCCGAGGGAUACAUAGCCACGGUCAAAAUGGCAGUGUUAAAGGCCAAGGUCGACCUCAUUAUCCCUAUGCACGAAGAGAUCAUCUACCUGACCGAAUGUAACGAACCGGAAAUCACGAAACGUCUGUUCGCACCGUCCUUUCUCGAGACCUACUCAUUGCACAAUAAGUGGGAAUUCAGUGAGAUGCUAGGCCGCAUAGGCCUCGAUCGUCCGGAAGCACACUUCUGCCGCAGCAUAGAGGACGUGAAGAAGCUGGACAUGACACGGGAAUGGGCGUUGAAACCGACCCUUGGUCGCUCGGCAACUGGAGUUCAUCAUCUCAAACCUGGCGAAGAACCAGCUUGGUCGUCCGUCGACAUCACGCCUAAAACCCCACACGUCGCACAGGAAUGGCUCAAGGGCAACAGAUAUUGUACCUACGGCAUCUGGCGUCGUGGCAAGGUUCAGGCAUUCGCUAUCUACCCGGUCUUGGAAACCAUCGAUGGCUCGUCUUCAGUCUACUUCGAGGCCACUGAGCAUGAAGGCAUCAGGGAAUAUUGCAACACUUUUGCCAGGAGAUACAACAUAACCGGCCAAUUGGCGUUCGAUUUCAUCGAGACGGGUGUCGAAGAGGGUGAGCUCAGACGUGGACCGCAUGGUAUUCCGAGAGGCGGCAAGUAUCGCACAUUAGGACUACGGACCAAACGAAACAAGGCCACCACCCAAGCGGGAUCUGCAUCAACAAGUACAACUACCACCUCCAGCCGACUCGUAGCGAUCGAGUGCAACCCACGAGCCACUUCUGGCAUACACUUGUGGUCAGGCACUCCGAAGCUGGCCGCUGCCUUCGCAGACAAUUCGGUGCAACUUCCAGAGAUGGCGGCAAGGCCAGGCCGUGCCAGACAAACGGGGCCGGGAAUGAUGAUGUGGGAGCACAAGGAAGCCAGUUUCAAGCGAUACUUGACUCAUCUUGCACGCCUGUUGGGCACCAAGGAUGUCAUGUUCAGCUGGCGCGAUCUCGGGCCUGUGCUCGUGCAGCCGUUCUUACUUGCCAGCUAUUAUCGCAUCUGCCACGACCGGGGAGGCAUGCCAUUGCCAGAGAUGUUCCAGAGUGAUGUGAUAUGGAAACCAUGCUUGUUUGGCCAGAGCAAAGAAGUGGGACUGAAGGUGGGAAGACCGCUUAAAGAGACGAUCCCCGGCGCAGUCGUGAAACCACAAGCCGAGAUGGACACUCCUGAGCAUACCUGA